UUUCUAAUGAAUUAUUUUUGUCACAAGUUUGACUAUGCCAAGACACUCGAGUCAUUCCUCUUGUCCUUAUUCAACAGUUGAUUUUACACCAACUCCCUUGCUUAUAUAUAUAUGCAAAGGGUGCAUCACAACUUAUUUCCUUCUCAAUAUCAAAUCAUCUCCAACCAAAUUCUUCUCUCUGUUUCCUCCAACAAAAAGGAUAUAAAACUUAUAUGGGUGGAGAAUCCCAGUCCUUCUUGCAUUCACCAUCGUUUCUUACUACUCUAUCAUUUUAAGAAGCCAAACUCCUCCUCCUCCUCCUCUUCUUUUUCCGAUCACCAGCAAUUGCAGCAUUUUUUUAUAUCUGAAGAUCAAAACCCACAUAGGGAAUUUUGCUUCUGUACCUUAAAAUUCUAACAAAGAUGAAUCCAUUGUUGCUCUGUUUUUCAUAUAUUACUCUCACUCUGUUUUCCAAUUUCAGACCAAUUUCAGGGGCUGCGAUCACAUUCAUUAACAAAUGUGAUUACACAGUAUGGCCUGGAAUUCUUGCCAAUGCAGGAACUUCCCAAUUAGACAGCACUGGAUUCGAACUCCCAAAAUCCGGGUCCCGAUCCUUUCAAGCCCCACCCAAUUGGUCCGGCAGAUUCUGGGGCAGAACCGGGUGCACAUUCGACCCGAAUACAAGCCAGGGAACUUGUCUUACAGCCGAUUGCGGGUCCAACCAAAUCGAAUGCAAUGGCCUUAACGCAAUCCCACCAGCGACUCUAGCGGAAUUCACAAUCGGGUCGGGUGCUACCCAAGACUACUACGACGUGAGCUUGGUUGACGGGUACAAUUUACCCAUGAUUGUUGAACCGAGUGGAGGGUCCGGAAAUUGUUUGGCCACCGGAUGUGUGGCUGAUAUAAAUGGACAGUGCCCGAAUGAAUUGCGGGUCGGGUCGGGUGAUGCCUGCAAGAGUGCCUGUGAAGCAUUUGGUAACCCGGAAUACUGUUGCAGUGGCGCGUAUGGUUCACCGGACACUUGUAAGCCGUCGAUUUAUUCCGAGAUGUUUAAAUCCGCGUGUCCCAGAUCGUACAGUUAUGCUUAUGAUGAUGCCACGAGUACAUUUACUUGCAGUGGUGCUGAUUACACCAUAACAUUCUGCCCUCCCUCAACAAGUCAAAAAAGAGAUACAUCACCUCCUACAACUGGAUGGACGAAUGGGUCCGGGUCAACCGGAUCAGGAGAAGAGCCAACCGGGUUUAAUACACCUCCCUCAUGGUUACCGGACUUUCUUGCUGGAGACUCCAUCAGAGUUCUUUCUUGUUCUGUUCUGACUUCAACAUUCAUUGCCUCUGCAAUUUCAAUUAUGUUAUUCAUUUGAUGAAUUUAAAUUGUUUUUGCACAUGAAAAUGAA